AUGGAACCAGCAAUCACCGAAACAGCCACCACCGAAACAACAACCACAGAAAUCGAAACCCCUGAAACAACAACCAAUCGACAACCAAACCCCAAACUGACAAACACUGCCAGUACAACGACUGUCGGAACGACAAAUAUUCCAACAACACUAAAUGGAACAACAACAACAACUGGCAUAAUACACACCGAGCUAACACAGCAAGCAACAACAUCUACUGCAACAACAUUGCAUCAAACCACAACACUGCAUGAAACACUAAACACAGACACACCAUUAAGCGAGACAACAACAAUCGCAACACCACUAAACGAAACAGCAACCACUAGAAUCCCACUAAACGAAACAGUAACCACUGGAACACCAAUAAACGAAACAACACCCACUACAAUUCCAGCGAAUGAAACAACAGCCACUGCAACGCCAGUAAAUGAAACAACAGCAACUGGAACACCACUAAAUGAAACAACAAUCACCGAACCAUUAUUAAAUGAAACAACCGCGACACCAAUACUGGUAAAUGAAACAACAGCAACCGGAACACCACUAAAUGAAACAACAGUCACCGAACCAUCACUCAAUGAAACAACCGUGACACCAAUACUAGUAAAUGAAACAACAGCAACUGGAACACCACUAAAUGAAACAACAAUCACCGAACCAUCACUAAAUGGAACAACAGCGACACCAAUACUAGUAAAUGAAACAACAGCAACUGGANUCUAA